AUGACUUCUCUAUCUAUAAUUGACGUGGACGAGCUGGUGUUUGAGCAUCGGACGAUCCUUGUCAAUUACCUGGGUACAAUCGCCAAUGCCAUUGAUGAUAUUCUUAUAUCGCCAUGGAGCACUGCAAAUGAUUCGGUGGAUACAGAAGAUGCAUCUCCUAAAGAAAUUCAACCAAUGGAUAGAAUAGCCAAAUCAGACUCUCACAUGUUGAGGGAGGCCAUCAAGAUGGUUCUGAAAUCUUCGUCCUCACCCUCUCAAUCGAUGCCCCUGCUUACACCGGAAAUUGUCAAGGAAACGCUUUGCAUUCUCACAGAUGUGCUUGAAAAGUACGACCUUGUCCACGCCCAUAGGCUGCAGACACUCUCUGACGUGUACAAUGGAGCAAAACUCUAUGCCUUGCGCGCAGGAAACGGGGUUGCCUACAAGGAAAAGGUGCACGAGUGGGAUAAUUCCAGAAAUGGAAUGCUUUGUUGUCACUUGCAAGAUGUCCUUUUGUUAGGAUGGCUUUGGGUCUCGUUGGAGAAACUUUGUAGCGGCAAUCAGGUAGAUUUUGAAUACUUUUUCGGUGUUUCAGAUGAGAAUAAUGACGGUGAAACUGUUGUACUUGUCACAAUGUUCAAAGAGGCCGUUGAUGCGUUUAUAAAAUCUGGAGGUAAGUCUGUCAUGCAUGAUGCGCAAGUGAGUAUCCACUGA